CCACCGCAUGGACUGUCAAUCAUGAUUAAGACCCCGCCCCUUUCCAAGGUAUAUAAGGGACUCUUCUUUCCCUCCAACACCAAACACACCAGGCCGAUCAAAGACAGGAUUGAUUGACAGUCAUCAGCUUGAUCUUCUCCUUCGUGUCAACACCUCAGCAAAGAUGUCCUCAGUCUUUCUGAUUUCUGUGUGUCUCUGUCUGUCCAGCGGACUGCUGGCUGCAUACGGUACCUUCGUCCCCUGUCCUCCUGGUUGGACCCAGUCUGGCUCUCGCUGUUUCGGUUACUUCAACCAGCCAAGGACCUGGGCCGAUGCAGAGGCCACCUGCAUCUCUUUUGGAGGGAAUCUGGCUUCCGUCCACUCAGCAGCAGAACAUACAUUCCUCAAAGACUUCAUCGUCAAAGCGACCGGUACCCACAAAACCACCUGGAUCGGAGGCUUUGACUCAGCCAAGGAGGGUACGUGGUUGUGGUCUGAUGGAUCCACAUUCAACUACAGAAACUGGAAUGCGGGGGAGCCUAACAACUGUUGUGGAGGGGAGCACUGUCUUACGAUGAACUGGCCCACGGCUCUCUGCACAGGAAACUGGAACGACUAUUCCUGCAACAACCAGGUGUCUUUCGUAUGCUCCAGGGACCUGUGUGUGUAACUCCAACACACCAUCAUGAUGCUUCUACAGCUCAUCUAUAAUCUCUAUCAUUGAUUCAUCUCUAAUCUUUAUCAUUGAGCUCUCUGCUGACAGAGUCACUUGUUUCUUAUCUGAAGAGUUAGGGACCAGUUCACAUUUGGGUUUAAAAUCAGAAAGAAACUGGCUCACUGAGCUGGAC